AUGCUCUUCCGCUCGACGUACGUGAGAGAUCCCGUCAACCGAGUCUCGGCCGAUGGCCGUACCAAACGGCAAGAGGAGUUAACCAAGGAGGCAAGCGUCGCGUGGCGGAAGCUCUCUCAGGCUGAGCGCGAUACCUAUCAAGUCGCCGCCCGUCAGAAGAUGGAGGACCAUAAGGCCAAGUACCCGCAAUACUGGUCCAGCCGAAGAGCAAAAAACGGCAGGUUCACUCACGCUGACGCUGAGAACGCGCAGGGAAGUUCUAUCGAGAAUUCGCAACCAGGACACGAGGCGAUGCUCAGCGCCCGCUCGCGCCGCUCGAGCUUGACCUCCGCUUUGUCCCCGCUGCCGGACGCUCCUUCCCCCUACCCUUCCUCCGGCUCUUCGUCCAGCUCUCGAGACUGUCCUACUCCCCCAUAUCUGCCACUGCCACCUCUCCCUCUAACGCAUGAUAUUCCCUUCAUGUACCUCGCUGGUGAGGAGGGAUCCCUCUACGACCCAGUCAUCGACGCGCCAGUGUUUGCCCUACUCUUUGGUUCUCCAGAUUCCUGGUUGUCAGUGGACUCUUCUGGUCCCCCUACUUCCGCCGCCCUGGGUUCUUGCUUCGGCGCUACAAAGGAAACUCUCGCGCCGAAGUCCCAGUCAACAAUCUCAUAUGAAGAUUGGGCCUUCACCGAAGGCGAAGACCUGAUCGAUCCUAACGCGGUCGCGCCCCACGACGCCACGUUCUCCACGGCUCUCUAGCCUCCCCAAGACCCCUCAGCUCGAAUCAAGGUGGCGUGGUCCACCCUAUCUCUAUCAUUUCCCUCUCUUGGAUUGUAUAUAUCUCUGCUCGUCGUCGCCCGCAGCAUAAAACCACCAAAUCCCACAAACCACGAGUCAAGUCAAACGCUCUUAUCUCUCUCAGUCUCCCUUUUCCAUCUCUCUACUCCCGUCCACCGAUGUUAUUUCUCUAUAUCGACACUCUAUGGCUACCCGCAAUCGGUUCCUCCAGAGUCCCAUCUGGCGCCCGGAGCGCUUGAGGGCUUGCUGAGCUCGCGUUCGCUGCCCG